AAAAAAAACACUCAGUUUUUAAUCAUUGUAACAAGGUCCCACCGCCACCACACAGCCAUGGUUCUUCAAAUCCCAUUCCCACACUCAAACAUGUUGGAACCCAAAAAUCUGAACUUGGAAAUGAACUAGAACUAAAACCAAGUCUAUGUCAAAGAAGUCCGAAACAUAGUAAGCAAUGUUUCCAUUCCUUCUCUUCCUGUUGUUUCUCACACCACACCUCACUCACUCUUUGAAUCAAGAAGGCCUUUUUCUUCAGCAAGUCAAGCAAAGCCUCUCUGACCCAGGUCACUACCUCUCUUCAUGGAACGACCGAGACGACACUCCAUGCAACUGGACUGGCAUCAACUGCAACAACUCGACUCACCGAGUCGACUCAGUCGUCCUCUCCAACUUCGGACUCGAAGGCCCUUUUCCAACCUUGCUUUGCCGACUCUCUUCUCUCUCUUCGCUCUCUCUAGACAACAACUACAUCAACGGUUCCCUCCCCGUUGAUGUCUCCAUGUGUCAAAAUCUGAAGCUCCUCAACCUGUCCCUGAACAACUUGGUGGGUCCCAUCCCGGCCACUCUGUCUCUGCUCCCGAAUCUCCGGACUUUGGACCUUUCAAUUAACAACUUUUCGGGCGAGAUUCCGGCGAGUUUCGGAGAGUUUCGCCAACUCGAAACGCUCAUCCUCGUGAAUAAUUUACUAAACGAGUCGAUACCCAUUUCAUUAGGAAACAUUUCCACUCUGAAAGUGCUGCAACUCGCAUAUAACCCGUUCAUACCGGGUCGGAUACCGAGUCAACUCGGCAACCUGGCGAAUCUCGAGGUACUCUAUCUCAGUGGGUGUCAUCUCAUAGGUCCGAUUCCGGACAGUCUCAGCCGGCUGACUCGCCUGAAAAGACUCGAGUUGACCUAUAAUAAUCUCACUGGGUCAAUCCCCAGCUCAAUCACACAGUUGAAAAGCAUAGUCGAAAUCGAACUGUACUGGAACAAUCUCUCCGGCGUGUUACCUUCGGGGUUGUCGAACUUGACAACGUUGUUGAUAUUCGACGUGUCGACGAACCAGUUGACCGGGACGAUCCCGGACGAGUUGUGCGAGUUAGAACUGGGGUCACUGAACCUGCAGGAGAAUCGCUUCGAAGGGUCUGUACCAGAGAUCAUAACUCGUUCAACAAAGCUGCACGAACUGAAACUCUUCAACAACAAACUCACUGGCUCACUACCCAGUGAACUCGGGAAGAACUCACCGUUGCAGAUCAUUGACAUUUCCUACAAUGCAUUCUCUGGAGAAAUCCCAAAAUUUUUGUGCGAAAAAGGUGCUUUAACAGACCUUAUUUUGAUGCACAAUUCAUUUUCGGGUGAGAUUCCAGAGAGUUAUGGAAACUGUAAGAACUUAUCCCGGGUUCGGUUAAAGCAGAACAAUCUUUCUGGUUCAGUACCCGAAAGUUUCUGGGGCUUACCCCAUGUAUCUUAUCUUGAGCUUGAAGGUAACUCACUGUCUGGAAACAUUUCUAGAAUGAUAUCCGGCGCUUAUAAUUUGUCUCAGUUGUUGAUCUCAAAAAACCAGUUUUCGGGGUUGAUACCCGAGGAGAUUGGGUCACUGAACAAUCUUGUUAAGUUCUCGGGGAGUGAUAAUAGGCUCACUGGUCCAAUUCCUGGGAGUUUUGUGAAGUUGAGUGAAUUGGGUACGCUUGAUCUUAACAAUAAUGAGCUUUUCGGUAAAAUUCCGGAGGGAAUUCAAGCUUGGAAGAGGCUCAGUGAGCUUAAUUUGGCAAACAAUAGGUUGUAUGGUGAGAUCCCAAGUGAAAUUGGGAGCUUACCUGUGCUUAAUUAUCUUGAUCUUUCCGGGAAUCACUUUUCCGGCAAAAUCCCAAUUGAAUUGCAAAAUUUGAAGCUAUUGACGCUUAAUUUGUCGAAUAAUUGGUUAUCCGGGGACCUCCCUCCGCAUUAUGCGAAUGAGAAUUAUAGGAAUAGCUUUCUGGGAAAUCCAGGGUUGUGUGGUGACCUUCCUGAUCUUUGUCCUAGUGUAGGUGGAGGUAAGAAAGAGGAGAAUCUGUGGAUUUUCCGAUCAAUCUUUAUGCUUGCGGGCAUUGUUCUCAUUGUUGGGGUUGUAGGGUUCUAUUGGAAGUACCGAACUUACAAGGAGAACAAGAAAGGGCUUGCUAUGUCGAAGUGGAAGUCGUUCCAUAAGCUCGGUUUUAGUGAGUUUGAAAUUAUGGAUUGUCUCAAUGAAGAAAAUGUGAUCGGUAGUGGAGGUUCUGGAAAAGUUUAUAAGGUUGUGCUUAGUAAUGGUGAGAUAGUGGCGGUAAAGAAACUAUGGGGUGGAAUAAAGAAAGGAGAAGGCAGUGUUGAUUCAGAGAGAGAUUGGUUUGAAGCUGAAGUUGAAACAUUGGGAAGGAUUCGGCACAAGAAUAUUGUGAGGUUAUGGUGUUGCUAUGACACUGGGGAUUGCAAGCUUCUGGUUUAUGAAUACAUGCCUAAUGGGAGCUUGGGAGAUUUGUUGCAUAGUGGCAAGGGAGGAUUGUUGGAUUGGCCAACAAGGUAUCAGAUUGCUCUGGAUGCAGCUGAAGGGCUUUCUUAUCUGCAUCAUGAUUGUGUUCCAUCUAUUGUCCAUAGGGAUGUGAAAUCAAACAAUAUAUUGAUAGAUGGAGAGUUUAGGGCUAGAGUCGCAGAUUUUGGAGUUGCUAAAGUAGUUGCAGCAGUCAGCAAAGGGGGAGAACCAAUGUCUGUGAUUGCAGGCUCUUGCGGUUACAUUGCUCCAGAAUAUGCUUAUACACUUCGGGUGAAUGAAAAGAGCGAUAUCUAUAGCUUUGGGGUGGUCAUAUUGGAGUUGGUCACAGGUAAAUGCCCAACUGAUCCUGAGUUUGGGGAGAAAGACUUGGUGAAAUGGGUGUCCACCACCAUAAAUCAGAAAGGAAUCGACCAUGUAAUUGACCCUACACUUGAAUCUAAGUACAAAGAAGAGAUCAGCAAAAUUCUUGACAUCGGCCUUCUUUGCGCUGGCUUACUCCCUAUUAACCGCCCUGCAAUGCGAAAAGUGGUUAAAUUGCUGCAGGAAGCAGGGGCAGGAAAUAAGUCCAAGAGAGUUCACAAGGACGGGAAGUUCUCCCCUUAUUACCAGGAAGAUGCCUCUGAUCAAGGAAGUAGAGUUUAAACAUCCUUAUGGUGUUUGGUUUCAUGGGAAAAAGAACAGAAAGUACCGAAAGAUUGAGAGAGAUUUGAGUUCCACAUAGUAUGUCCACUCUGAAAUUGAGGGUAAAACCAUUGGAGUAUGUGGAAGUCUAAGAUUAUCUCCGUUAAAAACACCAAAAAGUUAAAAGCUCUCUAGUUGGUUUAGAUAAUUGUAGCGUUGCAUUCUGAAUAAUGUCACUAAUUUCCAGUUGUAACAAUUAAAGUAUCUUACUGUAGCUGCUUUUCAUAGUUUUUGUUUGGUGGUUUGAACGUGCAAACGUAAAAAAUGUCAAAAAAGUUGAGACAUGCUUUUCAAUUAAGAACAGCUCGGAUACUUUUGAUUGGUGAA